CCCCACUUUGUGACAGCCUAGUGUAGUACACUGGGGAGGGAUUUAAACCUAGAUUGGAUUUGAGAUCGGUCAAUCUGAUCUGGCAACCCAGCGUCCAAACGAGCCGUGCGUAAUGCCAGAUCACGGAACGGGAUGGAGAGAAGAAAAGCAGCAGUUUGAAUAAGCAUUCAACCAGAUGCACUGAUGUUGUAGGUUAAAAAGUUACACUGUAAUAGCUUUGUUGCAAUAACUUUCUUUACACACAAAGCGUUCCCGUGCACAUGGAUGCUGCGCGUUGUGAUUAGAUCUGGUUUUGAGUAUUAGGGCUGCUUUAGGAGGCUCGCGCGCCCUGGACACGGUUCCUCGCGAUGCGUGCAAUUGCGACAUUCGUGGCUCUGCUCACGCUGUGCGUGAUCGCGGUGCAUGGGUGCCAGCUUCCCCAUGACUGGAGACCGCAAACGGAAGCGUGCCGCGCUGAGCUGGCCGAGAUAAUCGUUUUCGCCAGGGUGCUCGCUGUUCAUCAGGACGCGCACGGAGGCGCGUAUAACUACCUGCCGUGGCAGCACGAAGCCGGACUCUUCUUCUCGGCUGAGAUCGAGCUGCUGUGCGACCAGGCGUGGGGCAGCAUGUUGGAGGUGCCCGCCGGCUCGCGCUUCAACGUCACCGGACUCGGCUACUUUCCAUGUUACUCAUACAGCGUGGUGGAAAAUAACAACUACUACUUUUUCUUGAGGAUGGAUGAAAACUACAACAUUAUUCCUCAUGGAGUGAAUUUCCAGGACCCCAUCUUCCCUGACACGCCUGAAAACCAUCGCAUGUUCGCCAGCCUCUUCCAGUUCUCCAACUGCACAUCUGGGACUCAGGUCCACACGUACACUCCAGAGUGGGAGGCACAGGAGGACAGCCGGCUCCUGUGCUCCACAGUGCAGAAAGCUCUCUUUGAGGAAGAGGAGAAGGUCAAAACACUUUCUCAGAAGGUUAAGGUGCUUGAGAAAGCCAACAACCACCUGAGGGACAAAGUGAAGAAUCUGAAGCGUUUGCUGAGACUGGCCAAACGGGAGACCAAGGAUCAGACGGUGCUUCUUAAACAGCUUCAUGAGCCUGAACCAGAGCUUCCACAUCCACAGCAAGAUACCACCCAGGUUCAAAAACCUGUUAAUCCGAAGAUCCUUCCAAGGAAGCUUAAAAACUAAGGAAUUUAGUCUAAUUGCUUCCAAACUGGGAAAUUUUGCUUAAGUACUGCCAGGUAGUCAAACCAAAUACACAACAUUAGGUAUGUGUAUUAAUAAAAUUUCCAUAGACUAGAAUGAAACUUAUAAUAUGGAAGUUAACAGACUUACAGUACAGUACAUACAGUAUGUAUGCAUCAGCUCAGGAUUAACAGAGAAAGGACUUGACCCAGAAAACAUGAAUGUGCAUCAGGUUAGUACGUAAUGAGAAGAAAUGUUGAAUAUCAAUGAAUGAAUAUUUUCCAGCUAUUUUGAUCCAUGUUCAAAAGGAAACUACUGUAAUACAUUCACAGUGUCAGAAAUGAGAGAGAGAAAAGAGAUUAGAUCAUAGUCAUAGGUCAGCAUCUUGUGGUUUCAUGUAACAGCUAGAAUAUUAACCAAUGGAUUAUGGUGUGUCCAUUAAUAAUUCCAUAAUAAUUCUAUUCAAUGACCAUCCACUCCUUUUCAAAUGCACAUGUAUAUUAGAACAUUUUGUUAAAGCCUUCCUGGACAUACCUGGAUUUAGAAGCACUUACAGUCGGGUGCCAGUAGGCUGUCAUCAGACUGAUAUUUUACCUUGCAUAAGUCUUGCAUAAAAGAAUGUCGGAAUUUCACAAUAUUUGACCAUUUAAGGUUAAAGCUUUUUCGUAUAUUCUCAAAACAUGGAUGCACUUGAUAUCUCUGGAAUGUUACACUACACUCUUUCCAAAUGUCUCUCAGCAUUUCUUUUAUGAUAUCAAUCUGCAUAAUGCUUAUUUUCUUUUUACUUUUUUCUAUUUUUUUUUUAAAUAACCAGGGUGCUGAGCACUCCAUAAAUAAAACCACUACUCAGUAUGACUUAUUUUAAGGCCACAUUUUUCAGUAUUUAGUGAACUGAUAUGAAUUUAUGUUAAGGUCAACGAUUUUACUAAAAAAAAAGAAUGAAUUGUAAGCAAUAUUGUUUUUCCAUGUAUGUUUAACAUAUUCAUAAGUUGUUAUGUAUGCCAUUAAAAUGAAAUAAACUUGCUGUUUUACUUAA